AUGAACGGAUCAACGCUGACGACGGCCGCUCCGGCUGUCAAGCCCAGCGCGAUCCACCGCUCUCAUUCCUCGCCAGACCUCUUUCUCGAUGCAGCCCCGCUGACAAAGUCCUCGCUGAGUAUCAGCUCCCCAAACGAGUUCGACCACGGUUUCAGCGAAGCCGCCACCGCCCAGGGUGACUCCCAGUCCGAGCCGGCCACUCGAAGCUUCGAGGUGCCUUCUUUCGAUUUCGGCUCAGACGUCGAGACACAUCUGCCUUUCGAGUCGAAACUGUCUAAACCGCAGGUCGUCAAGCCGGAUGACAAGGCAGUAAGCCCGCGCUGGCCAAGCAAGCUUCUGGAGCCUAUGGCUGUUCCGAAGGCCGCCACGACCAAGUCGAGCCGGUCCAAGUCGAUCGCCGACCGCCCACGGUCAUGGUUACCCAGCAAGUCAGCAGACGGAACCGAGAAGGCCUCGGUGCUGAAGAAGGCGAGGAAGCCGGACGAUAAUGAGAGGGCAAAGGACGACAAAGACGCUGGCAAAACCACCGAAAAGACCGAGAAACCCGAGAAAACCGAGACGCCAAAGUUUCUUACAACUAGGGACAGGUCGUCCUCGUUCGCCGAUUUCGCCCGCAAAUCCUGGAUCGCAUCAUCCAGAUCGCCGUCGCCCAAAGCAGAUGGAGAAAGAAAGGCAUCGUCGAGGGGUGAUGAUGCGGCAGUGGAAGCCGAGGCGCCAAAGAAAGACGCGUCACUCUUAUCGCCCAACAAGCUCGGCCGACGCCGUCUCACAGCCAGCAGCCCCAGCGGCAGCGAGAGGAGCAAGUCGUCAGAUUCGCUGAGUGGCACCAGCCGAGCCCUGAAUAGGGCCAGCGUUUACUUUGGGAAAAUAAAGCAGAAACCACCACAGGACAUACCGAAAGACGGUACCCACCUAGUAGUGCCCUCCCAAGGGUCACCAUCGAAGAAUGAGGCCGUUUCUCCAGCGACAUCUUUAGGGACACCCGAAAAAUUAAAUCCGCGGCUCUCGUCGCAGACCGCUCUGUCCUCGACAUCGGAUACCAGCAGCGGUGGUACGGGCAGCACCGGCAUAACGGAACCCUCGCAAAAUUCGGAGACGAUGGCACAGAGGUCACAACCGCCGCGCGAUCCUUUGUGGGCGGCCUUCCGGCGGCUCGACUCGGAAUUCUCCAUAUUCCUGGGCAAGUCGUCUACGGCUCAGAGGGUCCUUGUUGCCAGGAACACGCUGAUACCAUUCUUACGGAACCACGGCAACCACACCUCCAAUAAGGACAAUAACUUGCUGUCCCCCGAAGACAUCGACAGGCGGGCGACGAUCUUGCACAAGUGGUGGAACGGCUUGCUCGACCUGCUUGACGGCUCUGCUAUCAAGAAUGCUGGUGCUCCUGCCAUGAGCUUCGCGGCCAUCCAGGCGAAUAGCUCAAGUGCCGCCAUGCAGCCCGUGGCGGGGGUCGACCGGCCCGGACUGCUCGAACUCAUAACUUUAAUCAUGAUGCGCCCUGAGUGGAGGCUGAGUACGCCCGGCUUCCGCCCUCUCAAGGAUCGCUCUCCGCGCGAGGUUGUACGCGGCCGCGCCGACACCAAGGACUCGAUUGAUUUCAUUGCCGAGUCUGCUGAGCACAACGUCCGGACCAUGUUCGUCAACAAUCUGCUGACGCAAAUGUCAAUCGUCGUUGAGAAGAUGUCCAGCAGGCAUGCUCCCGUCUCGCUGGUAACUUUCUGUGGCAAGGCUUGUGCAUAUGCGUUUUUCUUCAUCCCUGGGAUUGCCGAGGUGCUUGUCCGCCUGUGGGGCCUAACGCCAGAUUUAUUGAGACGAGUCGCGGACGAGUUCAGUUUGCCCAGGAGGAGCAAAGGUGAAAGCGAAGACAUUGUCUCUCUGUUUCCUUCGACGUUACACAAGCUGGGCUGGACCUCCGUCAAGACAAUGACGGAUAAUUUGCGAUUGACGACCAAGCUGUCUUUGGUAGCCGCCAAAAUCCCUUGGCAUGGUCCAUGGAUCUCCAGAUGGCGCGGCGGCGACACGGAUCUCUUCUUCAUCUUCUGCAAGUACUAUUACAUUCUUGCAGAGGACUUUAUGCCGAUGGAUUUGCCGUUGUUUGAGAAGGCACGCGCGCCGGCGUACGCGCUCAUACACGCACAGCUCCUGAGCGUGCUGGAUACGACCAUCCACCACCGCCAGGCGGCAUUCGACAACAUGAUGGCACCGAACGUGCUGGACUCGGCGAAUGGCGCGGACGCCAUGGCCGCCGCUCUGGCUCAGUUGCCACCCAGCAACCUCCUAAGGGGCAUGGACGAGAACCGGCUGAUCGUCCUGCUAAAGGACAUGCUUGGAGACAACUCGGUCGGGGGCCUGGAAUCCGGCGCCAGGCAGACUUUUGCCACGGCGUUCAUGGGCAUCCUGAAAGCGGCGACUAAGAAGACACCGGUCUUCAAGCAGGCCCCAGUCCUCGUGCUUGUCGACUUUUUACAAGAAGUUCUGCAGGCAUUCGACACAUAUGCUGGGUAUAGCGAUCCCAGUAUCAAAGGCCGGCCAGAGGAGGCGGCCGUCGCCAUGGACCAUAUAGAUUGGAAUUUCUGGCUCGACGUCUUCCACAAAAUCCUCUUUGAAUCCAACAGCACCAUGUCGGAGAUCCGGAUCCUGUCGUUUUUGUACUCGGCAUGGGAUGUCCUUGCCGCCGACCCCUCCAGGAAAGAGAAGCUGUGCACUGGUUGGUUACUUACCGAGGAAGUUUUUGACAAAUUCUUCAACAACUACACGCCUAUGGUGCGCGCUUACUUUAUGCGCCUGCUAUGUUGGAGGAUAUGUCGCGACCAAGGCAGCGCUAAUGAGUUGGAUAUGAAAAUAUUUAUGCUUGUUUCUGAGCGGCUCAAGAAAGUAUGGUCGCACUAUCUCUGGCUGAAGCAGGACGCCGAAUCGUCGAAUAAGUUGCUCCCUUCGACAGCGCCAGCCCACCCACAGCCUGGCAAACGGUUUAUGAUCAUCCGCAUGGAAAUGACACCUCCUCAGACUGGCUUGUUGCAGGCUGGUUUCGACACAAUGAAUGGCACUUUAGGCUUCGGAGGCGUCGACUACAGCAGCCCCGGGUCGGGUGACAGCGGCGACAACUCGAACGAGCCAGGCGAGGGGACGUACAAGAAGAGGUGGUCCAUUUUCGGCAAGAUGUUGAGCUUCGCCUCGACAAGUGCUCCUGGAGGCUCUGCGACUGCGAAUGCGCCCAGGCGAAACAACUCAGCGGACGAACUCGAAAUCGCACGGCGUGCCACAGCAACAGCACGGUCCGGCCCUCCAACUCCGCCCAAGGGCUCGCUGCCUGAAUCUGAUGCGUCUUCGACUGGAUCCAGCCCGGUGUAUGAAUCGACGCAGUUUGUCUUCAAGUUCACUCUAGGCGCUCUCCCGUGGAAUCCUGCGCCAGACAUGAUGGGGCAUGCCGGCAGCUUACUGUCGAUGCUCCCGCGCGAGCGCGUGCUGACGAGGCCGCGCCUUCCAGCCCCAGCUCAGGCAAGAGUCAGCGCACGAGCGGCGUCGACUGGCGGGCGAAGCGACAGCCCGCCACCGCCAGCUGCGGGCAUGCCCCGUCCCGAGAGGAUGCACUCGGGGCUUUCUCAGGGGGGCUUGGUAAACGAGGCCCGCAAUGCUGCGACCCUCAAUGCGGAGAACGAAGCUGCGGAUACGAAAGACAGCAGCAGCUUUUCCGUCGCUCCCAACCUGCCACCGAUCGAGCGGGUGACGAGCGUCGAAUCCAAUCAUGACGGGUCAAUGAAGAGCGCGACAUCCGAUGAGAGCAACCGACUCGAGAUCCCGCGCGGCAGAUCCGAGGUCGAACGACAGGUCGUGCAGCCUGUGGAACCCACUGGAUUCUUGCGCCAGCGAGCGACAUACACUGGGCGUGCGCUGGCGGAGUGGGGCAUCGUCGUGAACGAGUGCAACUCGUUCGUGGAGAGGCGCCGCGACGAGGGCGUGUGUGGGCUGCAAGAGGUCGAGGUGCCCAGUCUGGGGGUCGAAAACCUGCGGCGCAUGGGUUAG